AUGCCAUUCUCGGGACCAAACACAGCUAAUAGCUUGAACGGCGGAUCUACUCGUGGGUCCGAGUACUUGUGCACCGUGGAAAAUGUCACCGCAGAUGCGUUUGCUAGUGACAAAGACCGAGCGAAGGCACUUCAAGCAACGUACGAAGCCAUUGCCAGGUUGGAGUCACCUUGGGAGACCGUCGUCAGAAUCCAAGCAAACAUGUCUGCUGUUACACUCGGGCUCAAGAUCAUCAAAGAUGUGGGCUUGAUGCCCAAGUGGCACGAGAAAGGCAACAUCCCCAUGACAAGCGCGCAGCUCGCCGAGCUGGUCGGAAACUGUGAUCCUCAGCUUCUACAUUUUCUGACUGCCCAAGAUCGAUUUCUCCGGCUUCUGGCCUCGAACGGCUUUCUCGAACAGACCCCGGAUGAGAAGUUCAAACCGAAUCGGUUCUGUAUUGAACUCGCAGAUCCGGAUUUCAACAUGCUCACCGACUUCCAUUAUUUAAUUUGCGAAAAUGAAUAUCGCCUCAUGCCUGAAUACCUAGCCGAGAGAGGCUACAAGAAUCCCACUGAUCCACACGACACCGUGGUGAAAAAGUCCACCGGCUAUAAUGGAGACCUUUGGUCGUAUAUGAAGGAAAAUCCAAAGAUUGGGGAGUCGUUCAACAUUGUCCAAAAGGUAUCGACAACCAUGGAGCCAGCCUGGACAGACAUCUAUCCUCCCCAAAAUUUGGUGCACGAAUCUGACCCCAAACUUCCGCUCUUUGUCGACGUAGGCGGAGGCAUUGGUCAGGGCCUUCUGAAUAUUUACAAUAUGUAUCCGGAAGAAGCCUCGAGGCUUUAUCUCGAAGAUCUUGGAGAAGUCAUUGCUGAUGCAGACGCAAAGUCGAUUAUCCCCGCUACCGUCAACAAGCUGGAAUAUAACUUCUUCACGCCACAGCCAAUAAAGGGUAAAGCUCCAAACACAGAGCCAGCUACGCAGGGUGUUGACUGUGUAACAGAUGCACGAGCAUAUUAUCUACGUCAUAUCAUUCACGACUGGCCGGAUGAAUCAGCUCGAGAAAUCUUGCUGAUGCAGAAGAGUGCAAUGAAGCCUGGUUACAGCAAACUGCUCAUCUACGAUCAUGUACUCGACGACCAAAAAUGUUCCUCGGGCGCUGCUGCGUACGAUAUUGCAAUGAUGGUACAUUUUUGUGCACAGGAGCGCACAGAGAAACAAUGGCUGGCGCUGUUUGACUCUGUGGGACUCAGGGUGGCCAAGCUCUGGAAGAAGCCACCAGGCACUUCCAGUGUAAUUGAACUUGAAGUCCCGCUAUCUUAG